UCUCAGUAUACAGUCGAGGAGCCGCCCUCUCUAUUCCGCCAAGAUCUAUCUAGGUUUUGUCUCCACGAAAUGGCGCCGUCGCAGCCCAAGACCGGGCUCUUCGUCGGUCUGAACAAGGGCCACGUCACCACCAAGAAGGAACUGGCUCCUCGCCCUUCUGACCGUAAAGGGAAAACAAGCAAGAGGGUUCACUUCGUGAGGAACCUGAUCAGGGAAGUUGCUGGGUUCGCUCCGUAUGAGAAGAGGAUCACUGAGCUCUUGAAGGUCGGCAAGGACAAGCGUGCUCUUAAGGUCGCCAAGAGAAAGUUGGGUACCCACAAGAGGGCUAAGAAGAAGAGAGAGGAGAUGUCCAAUGUUCUCCGCAAGAUGAGGUCUGGUGGUACCACAGAGAAAAAGAAGUAAGCUAAUUGUCAAGCUUGGGCAAGAUUUAAUUUUGAACUCUGGUGGAUAUUUGGUGAAGUAUUAUUAGACCAUUGUCGGGGGAGUGUAUUUUUAUUGCUAUUUGAGACCAUUUGGUUUAUUAUGCAGAGGAUAUUUUGUUUAGUCUUAUUAUUCUGCUAUCAGUCGCUGAAUCUCUCUUUAUAUUCC